AUGUCAUCUCGAAUUGUGGAAAGUAAUCCAUCUGAGUGUACGAGGGGUAAGGAAGGAGGCAGUACCGAAGUGCUCGGACAGACGACAUUCGACAAAUCCUUUUUGACAUGUAUCAUCGAUUAUAACAUUUCCAGAUUCCAUCCUGCAUCGUCGUCACCGCGGCCGUCGAGCGGUUUACUAAAAGUGCAAGCUGGCUUCCUUCCAUACACAUUUCGCCUUUUUCAUCAGCAGUAA